ACUACAUAUAUAGUGUGCUAUUGUUGUUAGGUCUGAGCUAUGCCGACACGAUUCAAUGAAUUCGAUGGGAACGGCAGUCAUAGUGGAUACGAUCGAAAAUGUCGCCGUCACUAAUGCUCAUGUAGUGGCCGGCUAUGACUACAUGAUUGCCCAAACUCAGUUCCCGGCGCCGACCAUAAAGUUGCCGGAACAGUCGGCCAUGGAAAAGACAACAACAUUGGUGGCCCGAGUAAUGUACAUUGAAAAGCAUCUGGAUCUGGCGCUAAUAAAACUAACAGAAAUGGACGACAUUAGUAACGAACUUCCCAUUAUGUUUGUAUCGGAUCGUCAGCACGAACUGGGUGAACAGGUAGCCAUUUUGGGUCACGGUGCUGGCCAGUGGUGGACAGUCUAUGUCGGCUAUAUUACUACAAACACACCAUUUGAUACCAUAUCGGAGACAAAGUAUGUACCGUUGGGUAGUAUAUUAGACAAAUCUGAAUCGUUUUGUUUGCAUCAAUCAAAUACAAUUCCCGGUACGUCCGGUGCGCCUAUGGUUGACGCCAAUCAUGAGAUCAUUGGAAUCAAUUUUGGUGUACAUUGGCUAACAAACCAAAAACCGGUACCCAUAGUAAAACUGUAAACGACUUUCUUCUAAGAGCCGCUGAUUAUGUCCAGUCAUACGAAAGAGAU